UAGCUUCUGCUGACCUGCAGAGGCUGAGUGGCCCUGGCUUUUGUCCAGGGAGCCCUGGGCUCCCAGACAGACCCCGGCCUGCCUUGUGCGGGCCAGGCCAACAUGAAGUGACUUGAGAGGCUAAAGUGAGAAGCGUGUUAACAUCUGAAAACCGGUGAUCCUUUUGUUAGCAGCCAAGUGGGAGGCUGGACGUGGUAUAAACUGUAUGUUUACGUUUUAUUCCUGGACCCUUGAUUUGCUGUCUUCUGACGAAUGUGACCUAUUCUGCAGCAAGCUGCUGUUGAGGGCAGGCCCGGGCUCUCAGGGGAGGGGGUGACGUGUAGGGGACGGGCCCGAAUGGGUGGCGCUGUGUGGCGCCCCUGGGGCCCUGGUUUCAGCGCAGAGCAGCAGCUCUGGGUCACGGUUCCUGGAGCGGCCGUACAGUGACCGCCAGCCUCGGUCGGGGUUUUCAGUCUGGUCUGCCUUUGCGCUCCCCCUCCUGCACCCACCCUGGAGAGGCCUGGACCCACGACACACAGCAGAGGAACUGUCCUGGGCCCGGAGGCCUGUGCGCGUGGCCAGCUUGGAAGCAGGGCGGGGCACGGGACCGCAGGGGCAGUCUUGCCAGUGAACGGAGCCUGGCAGUGGAAGAGUGAAUUGAAAGCAAGAACUUUCAUGUUCGCCAGAAGGCUUGAGCGGAAAGGCUGUCUUUCCACAGCGAGAGUCACCUGCAACACAUUCGAAUGAAGAAAGGCUUGUGUCGGGAGUCCCUGGGGGUCCAGUGGUUAGGACUCGACGCUUUUACUGCCGGGGCCCUGGUUCAAUCCCGCAAGUCUCGCGGCGCGGCCAAAAAAAGAAAGGCUUGUGUCUUGAAUAUCGAGCUAGAUGGAGAAAGAUGGACCGCUCCGUUGGAAAGAGGAGCAGAUUUCAACAGCUACUUCAAAAAAGAUGCUCUCCACAUGGCCAGUAAGCAAGUGAAGAAAUGUUCAACCUCAGUAGAAAUCGGAGAAAUGCAGAAUAAACCAUAUAACCCACCACCACACACCCACAGAAUAGCUAUAUUUAAAGACGGAUGCCAAGUGUGAGGCAACAAAGAUGCUCACAUUGCUUCGGCUGCAUCGGAAAGCAGUGGCGUUGCAAUACAUUAAACGUACGCCUAGAAUUUUUCCACCCUGGAACCCCGCUCCUAGGUGUGGGUUCACAAGUGAGAGCCUGGGGACGCCGCGAAACGCUGGAAGCCAGCCUUGGUCCACGGCACAGCAACGACAGGAUGGCCCCCCCCCCCCAUUCCAAGCCCCCAGGUAUUGCUUCAGGGCCCUGACCGCCUGCCUUGUCCGCACACCUGUGGGUGUCUCAGCCCCGCCGCACAGAACGUGUACUUUCACCCUUUGGGACCUCUCUAGGGUUCACACCUGUCCUCCUGUGGGAAUUGCCGAAGUUGAUCUCACCUUCCAGCUCUUCACCUGUCAACCCCCAAAACACACAGCCGAGCGCGACGGCACCUCUUCCCCUGCCUGUACCCACCUGGACCUCGGCUGUGCCCAGACCGGGGACACCUCCCCUCACGGGUGCCCCUGGAGGGGCUCUCCCCGGUCACUCCCGAUUCCGGAGCCCAGCACGGCUGGUGCAGCAGAGUGCCCGCCGGGUCAGCUGUUGGCUGCCUUGGUGAAUUUAUCAAGUCAGCUCCCAAGUCGUGGGGCUGGAGAGACAAAGCUAAACUUCGAAUGCUGGCUCAUAGGAUGUGGGGUGGUAGCUGCUUUGUGCUACAUUUUGGCUCCUGGGUGGAAUUACACUUUGGCAGUAAUGGGAACGGGAGCAGUGUUCCAGACUCUGUUUCUAUUUAUAAUGGCGACAUGGAAAAAAUCCUGCUGGAUGCCCAGCACGAAUCUGGACGGAGCAGCUCCAGGAGCUCCCACUGUGACAGCCCACCUCGCUCACAGACCCCACAAGAUACUAACAGAGCUUCUGAGACAGACACACAUAGUCUUGGAGAAAAGAACAGCUCCCAGUCUGAGGAAGACUAUAUGGAGAGAAGGAAAGAAGUCGAAAGCAUCUUGAAGAAAAACUCAGACUGGAUUUGGGAUUGGUCAAGCCGGCCGGAAAACGUCCCCCCGACCAAGGAGUUCCUCCUCUUCAAGCGCCCGAAGCGCGCGCCCACGCUCAGCAUGCGGAACACGAGCGUCAUGAAGAAAGGGGGCAUCUUCUCCGCAGAGUUUCUCAAAGUUUUUCUGCCGUCUCUUCUGCUGUCCCAUCUGCUGGCCAUCGGGUUGGGGAUCUACAUUGGAAGGCGCCUGACAACAUCCACCAGCACGUUUUGAUGAAGAAUUGGCGUCCAGCUUUCUCCUGUAGUGGGGAAGUGUGUUGUCCACAGCACAGCGUACAGAGGAGGCUGCCUUGGUCCUUGGGUGGCUGCACCACUUGUGUCAUUUCUUCUGUAAAUGCCACGUUCCUAACUCAGUAAAAUAAAGACACUAAGACCAUGCUCUCCCAUAAUCAUACUUAUGGGAUAAAGUAAUAUGCCUGUCACUGAUUAAUAUCUAUUAAUAAUUUGGUGGUAAUCUUUCUUCGGAUAUUUAAGUAUAAAUAAUUUUAACGUAUCCAUGAUGUAUGUAGUAUUUUAACACAUUAUCUGCAACCUUGAUUGAGUUAAACACUGUAUUUUGAAAGAACGAAUACCGUUGACAUUAAAAGGACUACAUGAGGGUUUAUCCCGAAUAAACACUGUGGCCUUACCCCCCGUUGUAGACCAUAUUUAAGUGGAUGCAUCCGUCUACUACAGACGCCGCUCAGCUCUCACUGUGCUGGUGGUUCUUUGUGAUGUGACACGUAGGCUUCAGGCCACAGCACGGGUGGGCCAGGUGGUCCCCACACCGGCACCUUGUGCAGCACAGGGAGUCCCGCUGAGGCUGUUACCGCCACCCUGGACAGCGCCCACCGGCUGAUCAGCGUCUUCUCUCUGCUCUCGGGAUUGCUAAAUUUAGUCUGUUUGUGUUCAGUUUUUGUGUGCUCUUAGAAUCAGCUUUAUUCUAAGCUAUUCUGUGUCUACUUUAAAAGCCUGGAAAUAGAUAAAAAAUGAAUCUUUGCCAAAUACUUGGUUACGGUAUUUACAUAUGGUUUAAAACCAAACGUCACACAAGCUUUUUCAUUAAACCAGGUGUAUCCCCACUGCAUGGUUUUUAAAGGCUGCCCCUUUGAUAUACUGUAUAAAUGCUGUUGUAUUUGUUUCACUUUUCCAGACUAAAUUCGGUUGUGUUAAAUAAAUGUAACAUUCUAA